AUGCCGAAAGCCACUGCCUUCUGGGGUGUGCUUUUCCUUCUGACGUUCGCCCACGGUCAGACGUUUAAUGAGGAAACGAUCUCAUCAGGUCAAUGUCCGGACCGCUCAAGAGGGACGGAUACAGACCUGAAGGCUCUGCUCAGAGAGCUCUACCCCGUCCUGGUCAUGAACAUCGCCACAAACAAUGUCAUGGGCGGCAAGAUAGAUAGGUUUCUGAAGCUGGUGGAUGGGUACACGUACCCAGCAGUGGGAGGGGGAGUGAUCAACAAUGUAGAGUUUGUGGAGAACCAGCAGAUGCCCAGCUUUGGAGAGUACAUCAACAGCAUACCCUCCCUGCUAUCAGGCAACGCGCGGCUGCCCAAGCCCAUCGGCGCUGACACCAAGGUGUUUGUGGUGGACUUCAAGGCUCCGGCCCCGAGGACACAGGCAGCAUUCUUCUUCUUUGCAACAGAGCUGUUGAAUCCCUGCAUGUGGUCCACCGACUCGGACCUGCUGCAGACGGCGUACAAGCCUGGCAACGACAUGCUGACAGCCCAGUGCAACGGAUGCAUGGCACACCGGGGGUUCUUGAGGGCGUUCCACUCAGUGACCAAUACGAGUGACCCCAAGUAUGACAUCGCUGCAGCCUGGACCAGCAGGACCGGAGUGGCUGCAGAGGAAGUCACAUCGGUGCUCUGCAGCGGGUUCAGUCUUGGGGCAGCGCUGGCUACCCUCUGUGGGCCCUGGGCUCAGGCGACCUUCCCCAAUGCGAAGGUUCAGGUGGUGACGGCUGGGUCGCCUCGGGUGUUCAAUCCGGCAGCGGCCGCGUGGUAUGACGCCAACGUGCACUACAACUACCGACUGGUCAACAACAAGGACAUCGUCCCCUCGCUCCCCCUCAAGAGCUUUGGGCUUCUGAAGUACCAGCAUGUGGGCAUGCCAAUCUACCUGGACAGGAAGGGCGAGAGCCUGCCAGGGAAGUAUGUGGCCUUCAAAGGGGAGCGCCCAGAAUGGUACACUGGCUCUCUGACAGACCAUGUCCGGGGCUACAUCCUGGGAGUGAAGCAGGCAGUGAAAUGCACAAUGCAUGCCUCAGUGUGA